ACAAUUCAUAGUCCGAACACAGUAGCACUUCAAUCUAUUCAGAUUCGAUUCAAUUACGAAUACCCUUCGGUCAUUGUUCAAAGAUCAUGGCCUCGGCAAACCUGAUGAGCUCGAUCCCCGGGAGUCCUAGGACCGCGAUCCACAUUAAUUCCAGGAGAUCUGUUGUGAGAGUGCUUUUCCCUGGCAACCAUGUACCUAGGAUGUCUCACCGGAGUGGCUUGCGUGUGAAGUGUAUGUCUGAGGAGACCAAGCCGGAAGGUAGCACGGGAACGCCAGCUUCCGACAUUCCUAGCACGGAAACGCCAGCUUUCGACAUUCCUUCUUCAUCACCUACGCCAAUCCCAUUCCUGAAACCGAAAUCAAAGGUGAGCACCAACUUCACAGAUCUGUUCGCGUUCAGCGGGCCGGCGCCAGAGAGGAUCAAUGGCAGACUCGCGAUGAUAGGCUUUGUUGCGGCCAUUACGGUUGAACUAUCCAAAGGCCCGGACUUGUUCGCUCAGAUCAGUGAUGGUGGCAUCUUGUGGUUCAUCGGGACGAGCAUUCUGCUCUCGUUGGCAUCUUUGGUUCCGUUGUUUCAAGGAGUCACGGCCGAGUCAAAGUCUGAUGGGUUUAUGACUUCCGAUGCUGAGUUGUGGAACGGAAGGUUCGCAAUGUUAGGACUAGUUGCGCUGGCCUUCACUGAAUAUGUUGAGGGAGGAACACUUGUGUAGAUUUUUCGAAUUAGAGUUAUAUACUCGGGAAAGUAGAUCAGAAUGUGAUCCUCAGAAGCAUAUAUAAAGUGAAGCAUCCUCUAAAUA